CUGCCCGAUUGGCAAUGUUAACUGCAAAUAUUUUCCGUCUACGUGUUUGGCCUGCACUUGUGUUUAUUUAAAAUGACUAAAAUCUGUCGAUGGAACAGAAGCCAAAAAUUGAGUUAAUAACUCAGUUCGACCUUAGACGUUGCUUUUUUCGGUCUCUUUUGGGAAUUUUGCUUGCGUGAAUUAGCAACGUUAUAUGGAUUUUAUAAUUUACAUUUGACUAAGGUCGAGCUAGUUUCAGGUCUGUCAAUUCCAGGGAAAAUCAAUAAAAAUAUUCAGCUGUCAUAUCUAUAUUUAAUAAAUAGAUCUAUUGUUAUGCAUCUGGCGAAAAAUUGGCGUUUAUUCUUCAGACUUUUGCGCCUAGAAACACGAAUGAAUCAUUCAGAAAUAAGACUUUUCUAUUGCUGGAUCUCUUUGAUCUUGAUUAACUUUUAGCCAUCAUAGUACUUUAAACGCCUUUUAACGAAAAUGGAGUUCAUGUGAAACAACAUUUCAGGGAUUUUAAAUUUUUAUGUGAUUUUCAAACUAUUUAUUUCAAUAAAUUUUCACUCCCUGCAAAAAACACACAUUUUUUGAGAGGAACCAAUGUUUAUUUAUAGUCGAAAAUCGAAAUCCGAACACCUGCAAAGCGUUAUAAAAAUCUCAUCACUUUUCCGAAUCCACUUAAAAAUCUAUAACCAUUUUUUUGCGCUCGGUUACGUCAUAGGAACGCACUUGAAAAGAAAAAAAGAAAACAAAACGCCGAGUACGCACAACGGAAAUAAAAAUAAACAAAAUAAAGGAAAAGAAAAGAAAAAGUGAAGUGAAGUAGGUAUGGAAAUGGAAAACAAAAUUGGGAGCUACCCACAGCAGCGAUCGGCGAUCGACGGUCAUAUCAGCGGUAGUAAAAUUUUUAUCAAGUAUACGGAUCAAGUAUACGAACCGAGUGCAGGCGAUCGCAAAGAGCGGUCAGCUGAGCGUAGAGCCUAAGCAAUCGAAGCUAGUCCGAAGCUCUCUUGCAAUCGAGAGUGAAGCGUACCGCUCAGUUUCAAUCUGAACUUGGCCGGCGACGGACGUGAGUGAACCGCAAACUUUACUAUACACAUAUGUACACAUACAAAUACAUACAUAUAAAACUCAUAUUGUGCAAGUCGCACGCGACUAUAUAGAUGACUGUGUAUUGGUUAAUUAUACGCAACACGACAACUACGAAGUGAACUACAAAUGUGUGUAUAAAUCAAUGUCCGCUUUUAACAGGCGGUUGCAGUGCCAAUAACAAAAAUAUACAAAAUAUAAUAUAUAUAUAAACCUAAGCAACUACGGCGUUUGCUGGAGCAACUUUUGUUUUUGUUUUCUACUUAAUUUCUUCAACAUUUUUUGGCGCGCCUUUUGUGAGUUGAACCGCGCGCAUGAUAAGUCAGACAAACAAACCAAAAUAAAAAAAAAACCAACAACGGGGAAUCAUAAAAAACAAAAAGUUAAUCAAUUACACGUGUCGCCACAACAAAGAGAUAAUUCGAUUAUUGUCUCGUCAAGUGCAUUUGGAUCAAACAAACAAAAUUUAACAAGAAAAUAAUCAAAUUAAAAGCAUACCAUUCCACAAAAAGGCAAUCAACAGUGUAAUCCAAUGUUUGAGGAGGAGGCUUUUGGCGAUAUACAGGAAAUUAUCAAUGCCAGCAUGGAGUUGAACGGUGGCGCCAACGGAGGAGGCCGAGUGGUUGGAGGAGGUGGUGGCGCGCAGCACAUAUUAUCGCAGUCGACUUCCUUGCCGGUAAUGCCGUCCCACCUGCCGGUUCACCUUCUGAACCAGAAUCAGAAUAUGAAUCAAAAUGUGCCCACGUCAAGUGCUAGAAGUGGACCUUACCUGCGUAUCGUGGAGGAGCCCACGAAUCAUAUAAUCCGAUUUCGAUAUAAGUGCGAGGGUCGUACUGCCGGUUCAAUUCCUGGCAUGACUUCCAGUUCGGAAACAGGCAAAACCUUUCCCACCAUCGAGGUGUGCAACUACGACGGUCCCGUUAUCAUCGUGGUGUCAUGUGUUACCAGUGACGAGCCCUAUCGCCAACAUCCCCAUUGGUUGGUCAGCAAGGAGGAGGCAGAUGCCUGUAAAUCAGGUGUCUACUCGAAGCGAUUGCCUCCGGAGGAACGGCGAUUGGUUCUGCAGAAAGUGGGCAUCCAGUGCGCCAAGAAGCUGGAAAUGCGCGACUCACUGGUGGAAAGAGAGAAAAGGAACGUCGAUCCCUUUAAUGCCAAAUUCGAUCACAAAGACCAGAUCGACAAGAUCAACCGGUAUGAGCUUCGCCUCUGCUACCAGGCCUUCAUCACAGUGGGCAAUGCUAAAGUGCCAUUGGAUCCGAUCGUAUCCUCUCCGAUUUACGGCAAAAGCAACGAGCUGACCAUCUCCCGGUUGUGCAGCUGCUCGGCUCAGGUGACUGGCGGAGCGGAGAUUAUCAUGCUGUGCGAGAAGAUCGCCAAGGACGACAUCGAGGUGCGAUUCUACGAGACGGACAGGGACGGACGGGAAACCUGGUUUGCCAAUGCGGAGUUUCACCCCACAGAUGUAUACAAGCAGAUGGCCAUAGCCUUUAAGACACCACGCUACAGGAACACCGAGAUCACUCAAAGUGUUAAUGUGGAGCUGAAGCUGGUACGACCUUCAGAUGGAGCGACGAGUGCCCCGCUGAAGUUCGAGUAUUACCCAAAUCCAGGUACGGUAACCUUUGCCCGGUUGCAGCGAAAGCUAAAGCGCCGCCAAGAGCUGGACGUGUUCCAGCAGAUUCUUUCCCUCGACAGCGAAACCACGGCCACCAAGUACUCAUGCCCACCGAUGGAUCUCGAGGAGGAUAAUAAUACGGUUUCAUCGGACGAUCAACAGAGUUCCGGAACUCUUAAUGAAUUUGAGAUUGCAGUCAAGAAGCUGCAAAUGCGUCAACGGGGUGAAUCACAUGAAAUGGAUGGUGGCACUGUCACCGAGUAUACGGAUAACGAUAACGAACCGGACAUGGAAAUUGAGCUAGAAGUUCCGCAAUUGUUACCCCAAUUGGCGGACGACUGCACCCAAACAUCCACGCCCAUGGAGGAGAUCCUACAGCAUCCUCAACUGCAAUCGCGUCCUUUAAGCAAUGUGGACAAAAUAACCGAGUGGAUGAAGAGCAGCGAGUUUGAGAGAACGGAUAGCUUGACUGUAGAAAAUGGGGAUACCCAAUCCCUUUCGAAUAGCACAGCUCAGACUGCAUUUACCAAUGUCAGCAGUUUGACUGCCAAUACGACGAUAACAAAUCAGUUGGAUGAGGAAGGGCACGGUCUUGUGGCUAAUGGUUCGCGUAGGGAUACCCUUGAAAAUCCCGCCGUGAAAGACUUGCCGGAAAACGAAAAGGAACCGGAAUUGGUUUCAGCCAGUGCCCAGGCUUCUGUGGACUUAGACGAGAACUUCGAUGAGACAGCCACGUAUACUAGCCUGCAGAUAGCUUUCAAUAAUCCCAUAGACAUAGGAGUACCCAAAGAAAACCGAAAGCCAGUUCAAACUUAUCCACCUACCAAUCCGUUUGGUCAGUUGGAUGAUGCCGAGUUGGUGGUACUAACAAAUCCUCCAGCACCCAAGAUCAAAGUGAAUGCUGCUCAGACCCCAGCCACGCCUCCCCAUUCACCACCCUUGCCGUUGCCACCUCGAACUCCUUCACCAGUUUCGGACCAAAGAUUACCUCCCUUGCCACCGAAACCCCAGAGAAACUCUCAAGAUCUGAGUAUAGUUAGUGAUUCUAUCUCUGUUAGUCGCUCGAGAAAUGGCAGCUUGAGCUCCAAUAGAACCACUCCAUCUCCAAUUAUCAUUAUGCGAACCCCUGACCAGAGUCCCACUAAAAGGCAACCCACGCCAAGUGCUUCGCCCAAAAAGCGUCAGGGAUUCUUUUCAAGAUUCUUCUCCCGCCGAAAGAGCAGGGCCGAUGACGAUGAAUCUCUGACACCCGGCGGCAGUCCCAAUAAACAAUUAUCUGGUGGAUCCAAGGCCACUACACCCACCGGCAGUAGGGAGCCCAGUGUGGCGCACUUUUCCCUAGGAGAUCCCAAUCGCAGCUCCACACGGUCCAUGCAACCAUUGGGCAAAAGCGAGGGUAGAAAUGGGAAGCCUGUUGGUCGAAGUUCCAGUAGUGUUUCGGGAAAAAGACCUGCUCAUUUGGAUGCAGAUGUAAUCCACAUACCACUAAAAGGCGGCGAUAGUGAGAAUAGUUUGCUACGCCCGGAGAGCUACUCAAAUGCCAGUACCCUCAGUUACGGACGACCGCUGGACCGAAAGACCUUAAGCACUCUGCAACUAGCAGAUAUUCCCUUGAGUGAUGGCAAUAUGGAAUUGAUAGCCAUUGCCGACAGACAGAGUAUCAAGAAUCUGUGUGAGGGAGCCUACGGGGUGGUAUUGGAUCCCAGUGUGGAUCUCUCCGAGGCGGAACAUUUUGCUCUAUAUACGACUAAAAGUCCGGAACCACCGUUUGGCGGGGAGAUCGGUGAGGGUGGAGCAGUUGGUGGAGCGGAAGGCGGAGUAGAUACAUCGGAUUUCCUUAGUGCUGAUGAAAUAGCCCGACGACUGGCGGAGGCAAAUGGCUUGGAGUAGAGAUGGGGGGAUGAUGAAAGGGUUUUGGGUGACUGGCUUGCGUAAUAUGAUUCAUAAUUGUUUUUUUCUUACACUUUGUUAAAACAAAUUUUAGAAUGUUUAAUAUUUUUCAAAUGCAAACUAUAAUCAGUUACCCAAAACUCUAGCAUCUAGCUUGGAAAAAAACAAAGCACAAUGCACCUGCAACAAUAUCUUUUCUAGUCGUCUUCUCUUUCAGUAUUAAUUACAAAUAUGUCAUAAUGAAUAUACAAAUUUUUAGCUAAGAAAACUCACCGAUUUCUAUUAUAUAUAUAUGCUUUUCUAAUCGCCCCAAAAUCCGAAUAUCUUUGUAGAACUUCUAACAAAAUACAAUCGUUUGGUGGCCCGAAAAACAGUCGAAAGCCUAAAGCGCAGUCUCAUGAGCACCGAUUUGUAUCCAUCCAAGCAGGUUAAAACGUCCAGUAAGUUUU